CGACCCCAUAGACUUCUAAGUCGGUUGCAGUCUUCAUUCUUCAUUCGGGUCCCAUUUUGCAAAUGGUCGAGUUGGAUGACUUGCCGGACGAGGUGCUCGAGCUCAUCUUUGAGCGACUCGACUUGCCGUCGCUGCUGAUCGCCGACGCUGUUUCGCGACGGUGGCGCUUCCUGACCAAGCGACUCGCUCUAUGGAAACGACACUAUCAAGACAACCCCGUUGUUGGAUUCGAGGCGCUCCUGUUUGGCGCGCGAACAGGUCGCUCCAUUGCCGGAUUGGAUGACGCCGAAGCGAGCUCUGACAACGCCGACGACGCCGACAACGCGUCAAACAAGUCAGAAACCAUACUGCAGACGUCGUUCCUGUACUGGAAGAGACUCGUGGCUCGACGCGAGCGGAUUCGCGCAUCGCGGAAGGACGCGCUGCUUGUCAAUCUGAUUUUGCCGAAUGGAGACACUCGCUGCGCCACGAGGUGUAUCACUGCAGCUGUACCCAUGGCUGUGUGGCCGACAGGUGCGCUGGCCAACGAUCGGAAUACAGCCUUCAUGAUGUUUCGGCACUUUGGCGACGAUGAGCUGCGGAUAUUGCCUGGCCCUUGGACGACAAUUGGACGCGAAAUUUGCCCAAGCCCAGAUGGCAUGAGCUUUGCGGCAGCGGGCAGCUGGUUCAACUACCCAUGCAUUGUGGUGUCUCUGCUGGACGGAUCCGGGUCGAUUGUCAUUUUGACGCCAGGGCCUUGCUUUUACUUUUUCUGGAGCCCGGAUUCGACCAAGUUGACCUACUUGCACGCUGGAGCAAACAGCUUGUUUUGCAAAGUUGUCGAUUUGACAACUGUCACUGGCGAGCUGAUUUCCGCUCGAACGGCAGAGAUGCAGCAACUGGCUACUUUGGAGCAAGAUGCGCAACGGGACGAGGAGGCUGGCACUGAUCAUUCCGACAACGCAGAUGCUGACGAGUUUGACGAAUUUGGCGAGUCGGACCAGGACGAUGAGGCUGAACCGUCCGAGCCAUCAUCUGCCGCAGACCCAAGUGCGGUGCUGGACGAGACCACCGCCGACCCGAACCUGGCUCCUCCAGAUCCUGUGGGACCGGUCGAGAGUACUGACGAGGAGCAGGUCGAACAGCAGUCUUCAUUGGUGGUCGAUGACGACGGCAAUGACGAAGAGCCAAGUACCGAAGAAGCUACACCUGACAGUGAAGACGACUCAGAGCCAGAAUCUCUAUUUCGAUCGUCACCAGCCACAGGAAGCCGCAAGUUGCCUGCUGACACCCCGUACGAUUCCCAGCACCUGUUAUUUCAAGGCGCCUCGAUGCUGCUCGCCACGGGACGGCCACUGUUUCAUGUAUGGGCACCAGAUAGCAAGCGACUCUUGGUGCAUACGGAUGAGCGGUACUUUGUUGCACGCAUUGGGCAGAGCAACGAGCCAGAGAUUUCUGAGCUUGGCACCUUCCGCCCGGCGUCGGCGCAUUCCUGUCCGCAGUGGUUGACACGUCGCCAGUGCAUUGGAUUGUUUUCACUUCAGCAUCUGCAGUCGCAUGCGCAUCGUUGGCUCAUCACAAUGGAAGAGUCGGAACAAAUCGCCAGCCGCAUGAAGACCGCGCCGCUCGACGAGCUGAACUAUGUCAUGCUGACGCAACUGAACGAGACGGAAGCAUCGGUCGUCCUCGUGGAUGUGACAACCCAGCAGGUGCUUGCUCAUCUCGUGCGCGUCACGGAUGCACACUUGUUUGCGAUGAAUUUCUUCCAGUUUACUUUGUCUCCCUGCGGCGAAUGGAUGAGCAGCUCGCACCUCUCACAUCUUGUUGCGCUGGUCAACUUCCGAACAAUGCGCACCGUCCACAUCGAGGGAGAUGCGGUCUUCUGGAGUCCCGACUCCCAAAAGCUUGCCGUCAUCAAAGUAAACCAGGCCGUGGGCAGCUACGAGCUGAAAGUCGACAUUCGCCAUCGAUCGGCCAACGUGUUUGCUAAACGGGGCGGCUCGUUUUCGGCGCAUGCGACUCGGUCUGCAGCUCAAAUUAUUUCGUUUUGGGACCACACUCCCGCUGUGGAGCUCGGACAGCUCAAAGUUCGUGCUGACAGUGUCGCCAACAGAAGGGAGCGUCGUGAGGCUGGGCGUCGUGAUCGACGGCGUGAACGAGCCAAGUUUUACGCUCGGGUGUAACGUUGCGUGGGUUCCCUGCAGCGAGAGCUGAGCAGCAAUGCCUUUGUGUGCACAUUUCACCAAUUUUAUAUUAAUUAUGUACAAGUAUAACAUAAUCUAUCGGCA